CUUGUUGCCCAAGUCGUCCUCGUUUUUUUGGUCUGGUGUUUUAGCCCAAUUAUUUUGAACUGGAUGCUUUUGGACCCUAUUCUAUCCCAAUGAUAUCUUCACAUUCUCAAUACAAAGGCGUGGCGAGGUCUUUACACAUCGCCGUUGUCUGUGCCUUCAGCGUCGGCUUCCUUACUGCUAUCUACUUCCAUACUAACACUCCCAAUGUGAGAUACGAGAAACGUGGCCUACUAGUUGAGGACGACUUGCUAUCUGAGAAGUUACUCGCUCAAGAUGUUGAAACGCAGCAUGAUCAGGGGAAACGUGGUCUUAGCACGAUUGAUAUUGCCGGUACAACAUCUGGUGGGAUUGAGUUGUCAUUGAUCAGGUCGCAGAUGGAGGACGAUUUAACCAGCGUGACACUUGCUACAAACUCGUCCAGUAUCAACCCAUCGGAAAGUGCAUCUAUCUUAUUGACAGAUCAACCGAUUCUCACCUUUUCCGCACCGCUGGAGACAAAUAAAACGAAUAUUACAGCGCUUGUGAAGAAGACCGCCAAUCUCUUCGAGAGAGAUAUUUCCCAAGCUACGUUUAGCAUCGCCCAGAAGACCACUUCUACGUCUUUAAAUUGGGAUCUUGAGAAUAUUCCAGGAGUAUCAAGAAGCUACACUUCUAUAGUCAGCAACAAUCGUGAGGGAGCUAUAUGCAGUACUGCAAUUGUUGUUGAUGGUACCCUUACUACUAUUCCUGGAAUAUGUGUCGAUACGGCUUUAGCAGUACUUGACAAUGGGCCUAUGACGGAGGCAUCCGAAACCACCCUGUUCCCAUUCCCAACCUCUACCCCAAUAGCGACGGCAACAACUCCGACAGUAGUCCCUUUAACUUCCUCGGACCUUGAGACGUCUCAGGUCAUCACUUCCGGGCCUAUCUCACAGGCUUCUGUAACUCAAGGCCCUCAAAGUACUGCCAAUACAAAUACAGCUAUUUCCGGAGAAGACUGUCCGUCCGUCACAACAGAAACGGUUUUCUUAGCUGGUGAAACUUCGACUCUUACGGUGUACUCUCCGAAGCCAUGCCCAACAAUUCCGCCGUGCCCGACAUGCGAGUCGCCUACUUGUCAUUGUCCUAAUGCCGGUAGCCCAACAACACCUCCUCAAGGAGGUACUGGAGCUCAAGGGCCAUGCCCUGGAACAGGUUACACUUGCCAUGACUGUCUUGACGGAUGGUUCUGUCCGCCACCGCAAACACCGGCACAAUCUGCCCCUUGUGGUUUUGGAUGGCCUUGCGCUCAUUGCGAUGGGGGCUGGUUUUGUGUUCCUGGGCCAACACUACCACCGAGUCCAGAGACGUGUACAAAUUCCAAUGGACCAACAACCAAUAGCGCUAGCACGACCUCAUCGUCAAUUUCCCGGUCUACUACCUCUUCUCGGCCAAGCCCAACGCAUCCUACUGGGACAGGUGGAGCUAAACCUAGUCCCAAAAGCCCUAGAAAAGCCUCUGCCUGGGGCUACUGUGGCUGCUGGGCUGACCAACCCGACCAGCCAGCACUCAGUUUAGGACCUCAUACCAAUAUAGGGCCUCUUACUAAUGUGGCGUGUGUUCAACAUUGCAUGGCUCGUGGGUACCUCAUGGCAGGUACAGAAGGCGGCGAUAGCUGCUACUGCGGAAAUUUCCUUAACGGCACACAGCAUCUAGACGACUCCGUGUGCUCGGUUCCAUGCCUGGGUGAUCCUAAGCAAGCAUGCGGUGGCAGUCAAGCUCUCACUUGUUACAGUUCUGACAAUGAAGCUCACGGCUGGGCGAGUGUCGGUCCUCAACCUUUGCCUGCGACCGUUUCACCACCUGAAAUCAUCUCGCUGGCUAUUGGCGGCAUUGCUCAGACUGUAGUAACUCAACCGGGAGAUGUAUUCCCUCCACCUGGUGCAGAUAUGAGUUCGCUAGUUAGUCAAUUUGGGCAUAAAACGAAACAGCCCUUGGGCCAGUUGCCUAGCGGAAAGGGAGGUCCUGCUCCAGGAUCACCGACGUCUUCAUCCAACGGAGGCGGUGGUGCUGGUGCUGGUCCCGUACAGGGCUCCCUAUCGGGCUCGGCUCCGAGUGAAAGUUCUUGCACUAAUCCUGCUUCGCCUAGUGGUAACAGUGGCUCAUCUUCAAAUCCGAACGGGGCCGGAGGAGCAGCCCCGAUCUCGCCUGGAGGCAAUCCAACGACAAACCCAAACGCUAAUACUAACUCACCUUCAAAUGGCCCCGGUCCUACCAACUCAGGGAUGAACCCUAACUCUGUGUCGAAUAGUAACGGCGGUGGUCCAGCCCCUGGUCAAGGGAAUAGUCCCAGUUCGGCUCCAACUGGAGGAGCAGGUGCUGGGCCGGUUUCCGGUCCCAAUUCGAAUACAUCACCGAAUCAAGGAGGAACCUCUAGUUCAAGUCCCGGUGGCGGAAUGGGUGGCGCUGGUCCUGUGACAGCUGGAGGAAAUCCUAGCUCGCCGACUUCUUCUCCCGUCGGUACCGGUGGUGCAGGUGCAUCUCCAACUGGGCCAAGUAGUAAUACCGGAAAGAUACCCCCAUGCGAUGGCUCGAACCCGAAUUGUACACCAGUAGGUGGCGACCAAACACAACCCUCGUCAGGCCAGGGCCAAGGAACAGCCGCUCCCAAUCCUACGGGCAACUCUAGUCAGACGCCGUCAGGUGGAGGUCAGGGAACAGCCGCUCCUAACCCUACUGGUAGCCCAAGUCAAUCUCCUACGGGCCAGGGUCAAGGUACUGCGGCGCCUGCUCCUGCAAGCGGCAGUAAUCCGACUCAACCCUCCACAGGUCAGGGUCAAGGCCAGGGCACAGCAGCCCCGAAUGGCAAUCCUAGCACUUGUACGGCAGGCUCAACUGAUCCCAAUUGCAAUUCAUCGUCCCAGAACCAAGGGCCAAAUUCACCUUCAAAUGGUGGAGCAGCGGCUCCUAAUCCAACUGGAAAUAGUGGCAAGUUGUGCUCAAUUGGCUCCAAUGACCCAGCUUGUACGAGCAGAGCAGGUAAUGGGGGCUCGUCGAAACCAACGUCGUCCGGCCAAGGCCAAGGGACUGCAGCGCCCAAUGCCAACCCAAACUCCUCUAAUGGUGGGCAAACCUGCACAUCUGGUUCGAACGACCCGGCUUGCAGUUCACCAGGAAAUGGAGGCACUGCAGUACCCGGCCCAGCUCAGGAAAGUACUUCACCGAAUGGAAAUGGUGGUGCAGGUCCCAAUCAACCAACUCCUAACAGUACAUCAGCGCCUAACAAUGGAGCCGGUGGUCCUGCCCCUGGACAAAAUCAGCCUACAACUUCAAAUUCCAACGGCAUUCCUUCCACUUGUACCGCAGGAUCUACUGAUCCUGCUUGUACAUCACCAAAUAACGGCGGUGGCGCCGGUGCCGGAGCCGGAGCCGGACAGAAUCAACCAACAGGGUCAACUCCGAGCACCGGUACUACUACCUGUAUGCAAGGAUCAUCGGACCCUUCCUGUACGUCACCGAAUAAUGGAGGGGCCGGGGCUGGUCCAGGAGGACUAAACCAGCCGACCAGCUCUGGUUCAAACAAUGGAUCUCCGAGCGGUAAUUCGUGUACGCUAGGAUCUAAUGACCCAAACUGUACUUCUCCGGGUAACAGUGGAAAUCCCAGCCCAGGUGGGACAGGUGGCCAAGGUCCAGUCACAAAUGGUCCUACAACAACCGACCCAUCUGGCAACGGAGGGGGGGCUGGCCCGGGUGGACAAGGAAAUGGAAAUGGUACCCCAUCGACACCAGGCUCCAAUCCGACUUCAAAUCCAUCGGGGAAUGGUGGCGCCGGACCUAACAGCGGAGGCGAUGGGAGUGGCAAUCCAUCGACUUCUAACCCCGCCGGAGCUGGUGGCCCUGCUCCAGGUCAAGGCACAAACCCAACCUCACCUCCUCCCGGAGUGGUGCCGUAUAGCGCCCGGCCCUCCCCCUCGAUGACCACAUUCGCAUCGAUGAUCGCGUGGACCGAGCCAGAUGGUAGUAGGGGACCGGCAACCACUAUACUACACCACGGAAUAAGUAGUGAUGUGGAAUUCCCUGGAGUGCCCAAACUAGAAUUUGAAAAGGCGCCUACUACAACUGCUAGCACUUCGAUGUUGACAGAUCUACGGUGGCAACGCAUGCGCCCGGUAGUGGUAUGGUAAGAGGGAAGCUUGGGCGUAGGAUGGGAUAUGAAAAAGAGAAAAUAAGAAAUGGAAUAGAAAGGAUAUUGAAGACUUGGGAGACAUUGGGCACUAUUAAAAAUGAGAAGGCUAUCCGACUAUAUACUAGGGAGUGAGGGUCGCUCGUUCUUUUUCUUGGAGCUUUUUGGAAUUGAGAUUUUAUCUGUCAGGGGUGGCGCAGUCUUAGUUGACGGUUAGACUUAGACGGAGACAUAGACUGACUGCUAGGGAUGUUAUG